AUGGGUUCCCGCUUUUUCACCAACGGCGACAGUUCCAGCAGCGAGAGCGACUCCGACGAGGAAGAAUUGUACAGCGACAGCGAGCAGCAGAACAAGGCAAAGAAUGAGGACUCGGAAGAGGAUAGCGACGAUGACGACGACGAUGAUGACAGCGACGACAGCGACAGCAGCUCGGACGACGAAGGUGGUGGGAGAGGCGCGAGUCGAUUCUUGCGCAACGACGUCGAAGUGGACUCGGACGAGAGUGACGAGGAGAAAGUCACGGUCGUGAAAUCUGCCAAGGACAAAAGAUAUGAUGAAUUGGAGGGCACGAUCCGUCUCAUUGAGAAUGCCGAAAAGAUCAGUGAUUGGAACACUGCCAACGACAACUACGACAAGAUGAUCCGCCAGCUACCCACCUUGAUUCGCGAUCUUGACGGCAAGCCACCCAAGGUGUACAUCCAGACCAUUGCCGACCUAGAGAUUCAGGUGGCGGAGGCGUUUGAGAAGCAAAAGGUGACACCCAAGAAGAUGAACCCGAUCGCUAAGAAGGGUUUGACUGCGCUCAACCAGAAGAUCAAGAAGAACAACAGAGAUCCUGCUACAGCGGAAGCAAUUGAGCAAUAUCGGAAAGACCCUACUCAGUACAUGAAGGAGGAUGUGACUCAGGAGUCCGCACCUGCACCGAAGAAGGUCAAGAAGCAGGCACUCGCAACAACGGACGCUGAUCUAGCGGCUGGUGAUGAUGGUUUCGUUCUGGUCGGUGCUGGUGGUAAAGCCAUGGUGUACACCCCAGAGAGCAUCCUCAAACACCUGCGAUCCAUCGUUGAGUCACGAGGCAGGAAGAACACAGAUCGGACAGAGCAGAUCAAGGUCAUGGAGAAACUGUUGGAGGUUGCUGUCAGCGACUACCAAAGAAUUCGCGUCCUCCUCACACUCAUUGCCACCCGGUUCGACCUGACCUCUGGUACUGGUUCGCAAAUGGCUCAAGAUCAAUGGAAGGCUGCCCAACAGGAGAUUGCACAGCUACUGACAAUUCUCGACGAGAACCGCGACAUCGUUGUUGUGGAAGUUGCUGAGGAAUGGGAAGACGAUGAGAAGCAGCCCGUCAUUACGCCCGGCGAACUGUUCAAGAUCCCAGGCAGCAUCAUCUCCUUUGCUGAGCGUCUCGACGACGAACUCACUCGUGUUCUGCAACAUGUGGACCCGCACACGGCAGAGUACGUCGAGCGCCUGACGGACGAGGGUGCCCUUUACACCAACAUCGUCAGAGCCUUGAUCUACGCCGAGCGACUCAAGGAAAUCGUCAAGUUGGAGGCUUCGCAAGAAGGCAUCAACCGCGUGGUCAUGCGUCGUCUGGAACAUGUUUACUUCAAACCUGCACAGGUUGUCGCGAUUCUGGAGGAGAACACAUGGAAUCAAAUACCUGCUUCAUUAGACUCGACAACCACUCCUCGAGAACAGAGUGCCGAUGUGGCCAGCCUCGUGCAGACUCUUGCAUCAUACCUCUUCCGUCACGCCGAAGGCAUUCACCGAGGCCGCGCCAUGCUGUGUCAGAUUUACUACUUGGCUCUCCACGAUCAAUACUUCAAGGCCAGAGACAUGAUGCUGAUGUCACAUUUACAAGAGACAAUCGGAAGCUUUGAUGUCAACACCCAGAUCCUUUACAACCGCACCUUGACACAAGUAGGUCUCUGUGCUUUCCGCGCUGGACUUGUGUACGAAUGCCAGACUGCUCUCCAGGACAUUUGCGGCAGCCAGCGCCAAAAGGAGCUGCUUGCCCAAGGUCUUCAAAUGCAAAGGUAUUCCCAGAUCACUCCCGAGCAAGAACGACUCGAGAGGCAGAGACAGCUUCCGUUCCAUAUGCACAUCAAUCUCGAACUACUCGAGUGCGUCUACCUCACCUGCUCGAUGCUUCUCGAAAUUCCCACGCUUGCUCAAUCCGGCAGCGCGCCCGACCUCAAGAAGCGCACCAUCUCCAAGUCGUACCGCCGUAUGCUCGACUACCAUGAACGCCAGAUCUUCACUGGCCCUCCGGAGAACACUCGUGAUCACGUCAUGCAGGCAUCAAAGGCCCUUGCAGCUGGCGAGUGGAAGAAGGCCGCUGAGUUCAUCACCACCAUCAAGAUCUGGGAUCUCCUACCUAAGAGUGCCGAGAUCAAGGAGAUGCUGGAGCUGCAAAUUCAAGAAGAGGGUCUCCGAACAUAUCUUUUCACCUACGCCCCCUUCUACGACACUCUCAACAUCGAGAACCUUGCCCAGAUGUUCGAUCUCGAGCCUCGCAAGGUUGCUGCCAUCGUCUCCAAGAUGAUUCAUCACGAAGACCUCGCUGCCGCACUCGACCAAGUCAACAGCGCCAUCAUCUUCCGCCGCGGUGUCGAACUUAGCCGCUUGCAAAGCUUGGCUCUCACGCUCAGCGACAAGGCACAAGGUCUCAUUGAGAGCAACGAGCGCAUUCUUGAGCAGCGGACACAGGGCACAGCCAAUGCCUUCGAGAGACAACCCCAGCGUGGCCGAGGAGGCGCGCGAGGCGGUCGUGGAGGACGCGGCGGUGGUGGUGUACCUCGGAGGGGAGGUGGUCAAGGUUUCACGGGCGGUGCGCUCGGCAAUGCGAUUCGCGCAUAA